AUGAAGGGGCUUCGCUUUUCGCUCCUCGUUUUGGGGCUUUUCUCGCUGUGCUGCGCCGCGGCCGGAGACAGCAGCGGCGUGAAGAAGAUGAAGAUGCAGUUUGCUACGGGACCUCUGCUUAAAUUUCAGAUCUGCAUUUCCUGAGGGUACAAGCGGGUGUUUGAGGAGUACACGCAGGCCCUGUACCAGCGGUACCCAGACAUCCGCAUCGAAGGGGAGAAUUAUCUCCCUAUACCCGUCUAUCGACACAUUGCUUCCUUCCUGUCCAUAUUCAAACUACUGGUGAUCGGGCUGAUUAUAGUCGGCAGGGAUCCAUUUGCUCUCCUCGGUGUUCAAGCGCCGGGGAUCUGGGAGUGGGGCCAGCAAAAUAAGAUAUACGCCUGCAUGAUGGUGUUCUUCUUCAGCAACAUGAUUGAAAACCAGAUGAUGUCAACCGGAGCGUUUGAGAUCACGUUAAACGACGUACCAGUGUGGUCCAAGCUGGAGUCGGGUCACCUGCCCUCCAUGCAGCAGCUCGUUCAGAUCCUGGACAACGAGAUGAAGAUGAACGUUCACAUGAACACAAAAACGCACCACCACUCCUAACCCUACCGUUCAAAUCCUGGCUGGAGCUGAAAGCCCCUCCAUGUCGGCGGUGGGUUCUCUCUGUGGGCCGUGAAGUGAUGCUUAUGAACGUCUGCGCUGAAGGCAGGAGGACUGCUGGCACAGACUGGAUGCUCCCAUCACUCUUCACCUCGCUCCGUAGAGAUGUCCUGCCCCUGACGCCAGAGCGGGAUCCACGGCAACAGUUUAGGCCGUUCUCUUGCGUUCUCCAACUAUCCGUGCUACUGCAGAGUUCAUCCAGGCGAUUAGUGGUCCACCGAGGAGAGAUUUAACAUUGAUUAUCGUAGUCUUUAACUUGUUGCAUAUAAUUGAUAUGUGAAUUAAAAAAAAACGACUAAAGUUAUUUGUACCAAUGAGCCAUAUGUAGUGUUUCAUUCAGAGUAGAUGAUAGUAUAGCAAACGCACCAAUUAGGAUCUGUAAUUAUUGUCGUGAAAAUGCCAUUCUCACCAUGUCUGGGAAAGAUUUCUGAAUAAUUUUUAUAUUUACAUACGUCGGAGGAAGCUGAGAAGAUUAAUAAAACAUUGUAACGAU